UUGAUAUCAAUCCGGUGGUGUACUGAACCACAUCCGAUUUAACGUUGCUAUAUACAACGACGAUGUGCGAUUGCAACUUCGUGUAUACCGUGCUUGAAUUGGACCGUAAUACAUCUGGACAGCAUGGGCGGGCUUUAAAUCCGUCUGCUCUCAAUCCGCCCCAUCGGAAUCUGACCCCUGACAAGUCCAUUACAUGCACUUCAUGGGGCCAGGAGCCAAGCCACACACCUGCGUCGUCGCACCGCAACGCCCAACCGCAUAUAAGGAGAGCACCAUCACUCGGCCAAAUUCCCGAAUGAGAAAAAGAUGGCGUCUGUAAACCAGUUCCAGAUCGAAAUGAACGACGACAAAUUGCGCCAGAUCGAGCGCCAGUACAAGCUCCGCGUCAAGACUGGGUGUGAGACGUGCAGGGCCCGGCGGGUGAAGUGUGAUGAAACCAAGCCAGAGUGUAGCAGGUGCACCAAAACCGGUCGCAAGUGUGAGGGCUACAAGACUACGGCCAGUUCUCCCAGUGCUAGUGCCUCGUACAGAAAUCCCUCGUUCCUGGUCGUGCCUCAGAGGGCGACGCCGCCGACGAGCGUACCCAGGAGUCCGUCUCGGACACUAUCGCCGGAUGCCAUGGAAAACAGGUCGUUUUACUACUUUCAAUCGCAUACGCUACCCAAAUGGACCGAGUUCUUCGACUCUGAUCUGUGGACUCAACAGGUGCUGCAACUGAGUCAUCAAGAACCGGCAAUCAAACAUGGUAUACUGGCUUUGAGUUCCAUGCAUGAGAAGUUCGAGACCACAAUCCCCAGCUCCAAAGCCGAUACUUUUGGCUUUAGACAGUACAUGGAAGCCGUCAACCAUUCCCACAAGCUAAUCAGCGGACAUCAACGACAUGGAAGAGACGUGGAGAAAGUAUUGGUAGCAUGCAUAAUAUUCACCUGCUACGAGAACCUCGCUGGGAACUAUAGAGCAGCUAACAUGCAUCUGGAAAGUGGGCUUCGCAUUCUUGCCCAGCACAGGCAGAGUAUUGGACAAGGAAAUACCAGUGCCUCUCUCGAAUCCAUUGCUAACGUCCUGUAUCGAUUUGAUCUCCAAGCCAUGACUUUCUCCGACAAUGCUUCGCCUUACGAGUACGGGUUUGAUAAUCCUCCGGAGUGCCCACCAAUACCGCACAUUUACACUAAGAACGAAACGGCGAGAAACGACCUGGUCGGCCUCUUUCGCUGCAUGAUGUGGAUAUCAGGCAUAGCGAACAUCAAUCCUCAAGCACCAGAAAACCCCAUCUGGCUUCGCAUCUACACUGAUCUGAUCAGUGCUUUCGAAUCAUGGGAUCGCACAUUCGAGCUUUACCAGAAGAACGUUCCACCAAACGAGCAAGGCGACCCAAAAAUCUACGCAGGCAACACACUCCUCAAGAUGUACUCCAUCCUAGCGCGCACAAUCGUUGCUUCAGGAGCCGGCCAACGCACAGAGACAGCAUGGGACGGGUUCGUAGAUUCGUUCAAAACCGUCGUCGACCUGGCCGAAACCCUUCCCAUCCUCACACGGCCUGUAUCAUCGCCCUCACCACCGCCACCACCGCCAGUGUCCCGCACUCCAUCUCCCAUGUCCACCAGCAGUACACCGCAACCGCAACCCCCUCGACACAGAACCAUUGCCCCCAACCCCGCCACACCAACCCCGUCCCCUCCACCAGGAACCUCGACCCUCGUCUUCUCCGCAAACACAACCCCCUCACCACCGGCGCCAUCGCACUCCCCAUCCCACACCCCGCCACCCCCCAAAAGCAGACCAACCUCCUUCUCCCCUUCCUUCGAGCUCUCCCCCAUCGUGCCCCUCUUCGUAGCAGCGUGUCGGUGCCGCGACCCCAUCAUCCGACGGCGCGCCGUAGCCAUGCUGCUCAACUGCCGCCGUCGCGAGGGCGUCUGGGAUUCGUACGCCGCUGGCCUCGUCGCGCUGCAGAUUGUCAAACUCGAGGAAGGGCUCGACCAGAUGCAUGAUGUGGGGCCUACGAAUUGGUUGCCGCUUGGGAAGGACUAUAAGGAGGGCAUCCAUGUCGAGGAGAAGAGGAGGGUGCAGGAUGUUUUCAUCAGCGUGAAUAUGGGGGAGAGGUGCAUUGGGGUGAAUUAUUUGGUUAGGAGUGGGCAGGCUUUUGAUCGGGUUUUGAAGUUUUGAUGGGGAGGUUGGGGUUUGUGUGGUAGGGGGGUGUUGCAUCAACUUUUGCUUGUGUAUGUGUGCAUGUGUAAGGAAUCUUUUUCUU